CGACCGCGGCUCGGCGGGACCAUGGAGCUCGGAGCGCAGCCCAGGCGCCGGCGGCGGAAUCGCGGACCGUUUUAAUUUUGACUGCUGUACUAUUGAUAUCUGAGCCAAAGUGGUGAUGCUACCGGAGGGGAAUUUCUGCAGCCCGUAAGUCAACAGUUAUACGAUUGUGAGCCAUGCCUUUAGUGAAGAGGAACAUCGAACCCCGGCACCUGUGCCGGGGAGCCCUGCCUGAAGGGAUUACCAGUGAACUUGAAUGUGUAACCAAUAGUACUCUUGCUGCUAUCAUACGCCAGCUAAGCAGUCUAAGCAAACAUGCUGAAGACAUAUUUGGUGAGCUGUUUAAUGAGGCUAACAACUUCUACAUCAGAGCAAAUUCUCUUCAAGACAGAAUUGAUCGCCUUGCUGUCAAAGUUACCCAGCUGGAUUCAACAGUGGAAGAAGUGUCACUACAGGAUAUCAACAUGAAAAAAGCUUUCAAAAGUUCCACAGUCCAAGACCAGCAGGUGGUUUCAAAGAACAGCAUUCCUAAUCCCGUUGCUGACAUUUACAACCAGAGUGAUAAGCCACCUCCUCUGAAUAUCCUUACACCAUACAGAGAUGAUAAAAAGGAUGGGCUGAAGUUCUACACUGAUCCUUCCUAUUUCUUUGAUCUCUGGAAAGAAAAAAUGCUGCAGGACACAGAAGACAAAAGGAAGGAGAAGAGGCGUCAAAAGGAGCAAAAGCGUAUAGAUGGCACAACCCGGGAGGUGAAAAAGGUUAGGAAGGCCAGAAACAGGCGCCAGGAGUGGAGUAUGAUGGCAUAUGACAAAGAGCUUAGACCCGACAACAGGCUGUCUCAGAGUGUGUACCACGGAGCGUCUUCCGAGGGAUCCCUGUCCCCAGACACUAGGUCACACGCAUCGGAUGUCACAGAUUACUCUUACCCGGCAACUCCCAACCACUCUCUGCACCCGCAGCCCGUGACCCCUUCUUACGCGGCCGGGGAUGCGCCACCGCACGGGCCAGCAGCCCAGGCCCCCGAGCAUGAGUACCGACCCCCCUCCGCCUCGGCAAGGCACAUGGCCCUAAACAGACCCCAGCAGCCGCCGCCGCCACCCCCACCGCAGGCCGCAGAGGGGUCCCAGGCCUCCGCCCCCAUGGCGCCAGCAGACUACGGGAUGCUGCCAGCACAGAUAAUUGAGUAUUACAACCCCUCAGGACCUCCUCCUCCUCCACCAGCCCCCAUGAUUCCUUCAGCACAAACUGCUUUCGUCAGCCCCCUGCAGAUCCCCAUGCAGCCCCCGUUCCCUGCCUCCGCGGGCUCCUCCUAUCCGGCUCCUCCUCACCCUCCCACCGCUGGGCUCGUGGUCACAGCCCCGCCACCUCCGGGCCCACCGCCUCCUCCACCGGGCCCCCCGGGCGCAGGCUCUUCUCGCUCGUCCUCCCCAAUGCAUGGCCCCCCUGCAGCUGAGGCAAAGCGCCUAGAGACGGCACAGCCACCCAUAAGUGAUGCUCGAAGCGAUCUUCUCGCUGCCAUUCGAAUGGGGAUUCAGUUGAAAAAGGUGCAAGAACAGCGUGAGCAAGAGGCCAAGCGCGAGCCAGUCGGGAAUGACGUGGCCACGAUCCUGUCCAGACGCAUCGCCGUGGAGUACAGCGAUUCUGACGACGACUCGGAGUUUGAUGAGAACGACUGGUCCGACUGAGGCGGCGCGCAUGCGCAGCAAGGCGGCACGCUGCUGAGCCCGGCGGCCACCACGAGACCGUGUGUCGGAAAUGUCUUGAAAAUUUUAAGUGGUCUCAGCACCCACAUAGUGGUAUUAUAAUCCUGUAGCUUAGCACCUUUUGUAUUAAUAAUGUGAUAUUGCUUUUGCACAUCCAAAAAUUCUGGGUUUUUUCAGUAUUUACUGUGUAAUACUUAAGUGCCACUAAACAUAGCAAAUUGUGCUGCACAUGAGGAAAUAUGCUGUAACUAUCGCAUUGUCCUGAAAACAGCCUCUUGCUUACUUUUUCUUGGCCAUGAAAGUACUUAGUGCGGUUUGGAUUUCCUCUUCUUGAUCACUAUAAUUCUGCAGACUUGCUGUGUGUUUGUGAAGCUGCCUGGUGUUAGGUCUUUGCAAGAUUUAUGACCGUGUGUCAGAGUGAUGUCUUCCAAUCAG